AUGCAACUUUUACAAGAAAUCCGCAGAAAUAUUAAUAAACAAGAAAAACACAAGUAUCUACUGAGUGUUGCAGUUGCUGCACCGACUUUUCUAGUAGAUACAUCUUAUGAUGUUGCUCGAAUGAAUGAAUAUGUUGAUUACGUAAAUUUGAUGUCUUAUGAUUACCAUUUUUACACCAAAUCUACUCCAUUUACUGGUAUAAAUGCCCCAUUAUACGCAUCCCCUAAUCAAAUAGGAUAUUUUGCCACUUUGAAUAUUAACUACUCUGCAUAUUACUGGCAUUUCAAUGGAAUGGAAAAAAAUAAAAUAAUUAUCGGAUUACCCACAUAUGGUCAUAGUUACACUUUGAUGAAUAAUCAGAACACAGUAAUAGGCGCGCCCGCGAUAGGAUAUGGGCGUCUUGGAAUCCUUGGGUUUGUGGAUUAUAAGCAAAUGUGCACAUUUGUCACAGAAAAUAAAAUAAAACCUUUUUUUGAUAUGGACAGCAAAAGCCCCUAUGCUGUUAAAUAUUCGGAAUGGGUAUCUUAUGAUGAUACAGUGAGUUUAACGUUUAAGACUGAGUUUAUAAAAAAUAAUGAUUUUGGUGGAGCAAUGAUAUUUUCCUUAAAUAUGGAUGACCAUGUGGGUGUUUGCAAAAAAGAUCUUCCAAAGGGCACUCCCAAAAGGUUUCCUCUUACCAAGAAU